AUGGCCACACCAAAAGACGAGGUUUCGAUUUCAAGCACCCAAGGCUUAUCAAAACACAUUACUGAAGUGGCCACUCUUUUGGAAGAGACAGGAAAAGCUAAAAUUACUGCAAUUAAUUCAGCUAUUCCUCAAGCUCUAAACUUAGUAGAACUCAUCAAGCACCGCGUCAAAGGAAUUCACCAAAUCAACACAUUUGAGCGCGUUGAAGGAACCAACAAGACCAGAGUCACUUUCUUGUUAAGCUUGAGCCCUCUUGACUCCAAGGAUAAAGGCUACCAAGGCCCAAUCCCAGAUUCAGAAGUCCAAGAAAAAAGCCUCAGUGAACUCAAACAAGCUCCACCAAAGCCAGAAUGGAGAACAGACGAGGAAGGCGCAACCAGACCAAGAGGUAGCAGAGGUGGCAGAAGAGGAAAUAGAAGAGGUGGCAGACAGUCUAGAGGUGGAAGCACUGGUAGAACUGAAGGCAGAUACGAAAGCAGAUAUGAAGGCAGACAAGAAGGCAGGACUGAAAGCAGACCAUACCAAAACAAAAGAGAACCAAGGACUAGGGAUGCAGAAGAAACCAAAGAAGGGCACUCAAGCGAAAGACCAAGAGGAAGAUCUCAGGGAAGAAGACCACGUGGAAAUGUUUCGUCCUCCGGAAAUAGACCAACUGGCCAAAAAGGUGACUACAAGCCUAGAGAUAGACUGGAAUAGAUUAAGUUUGGGCGAGGUAUAAACAGUUCAUUAUUUCAGGAACUCCCUUCGUCAAAAUUAGAUUCACGCUUGUAAAGUUAAGCACUAACUCCACCUAGCCCAUUUCAAACCCUAGCCUCCAAAAAAUGGUAGCGUAGGAUUGUCUUUUGGGGCUCUCAUCUAGCUAGACAUGGACCUUGUCAGCGUAUGUAAGCUCCUCUACAGCUUGGGUGGGACCGUAUAUAAUAGGUAGGUGUUUCUUCUCCCCAAACUCAUAUAAAUAUAAAUCAUCGUAUUAUCCUUGCCUAGAGAAGUAUGUCAAGGCAUUGCAUCAUUCGAUCGGAAGUGGACGGGGAAAAAAGGUACUCCUAAGUACCAUGAUGCAUCAAAAAUCCUACUCAGGACACCUUCCUGAGCCUGAGUCAACUAACAGUUCACCACGGGCCUAUCAGAAUACGCCAUAUUACUAAGAAUCUAGAGAUAGAAGAAGAGCACCUGAAAUGGAAAAAUACACCAGAGCUCCUAGGAAACCAGAAGAAUCAACAAGAGCCGCAAAUGAAAUUUUCGUUAACGCAAGAGCUCACCCUAAUCUUUUCAUCAGAGAAGCUUUACUACUCCUUAGAAAAGAUAUAUUUUUUCUUCUCACUAUAACAUUAUCAAUACUUUUUUUCUGAAAAUAUUUACUUACUCCCCCCCCCCCUCCGUGAGCGAACAAAAAAUUUUUGUUCGCUCACGGAGGGGGGUUAAUUUUUUUUUUUAAAAAAAAAUUAUAUAUAAAUUUUAUAAAAAAAUAUUUUUUUCGAAAUUUAAAAAAAUCCUAAUUUGCAAAAAUUGGGAAGCAAAUAUUAAUUUAAUUUGCAAAAUUUAUGUUUUAAAACGCAAUUUGUUUAAAAUUAAACAGAAUUAGCUCUAGAUUUCAUUAUACUAAUUAUCACUUAUAUAUCAAAAUUUUUUUCCAUUAAAAUUUUUUCUAUUAAAAAAAUUUUUGUUCACUCACGGAGGGUGGGUUUUUUGGUCAAAAAAUGGCGAUUUUUCUAAUGGUUUUGUUCGCUCACGGAGGGGGGGGGGAGUUAUCAUAAAUUUCAUAACUUGAGGACAAUUGUGAUCAAAGCCAGCGGACUUGCACUCCCAAGAGCAGUCAAAGUUGUUGAAGAGAUUAAGAGAUACGAAGCAGGACUUCACCAAGUCAACAAGAUUAGCAAGAGAAACGUUAAAGAUGUUUUCACUCCAAAUGAGCCAGGUCUUGAUGAGGUAGUCAAAGAGAGAACUAUUGAUGGCUUUGAGAUCACUCUCACCAAAGAUGUUCCUGACACAAAGAGUCCAGGAUACCAAGCCCCUCUUCCAGCUAGCGAAGUUAGAGCAAUUAGCCUUGAAGAAAUCGAAAAGCUUUAA